AUUCUAAAAUACAAACACAGCGUAUUAUUCAUGUAAUUUAAUUAACCCAAAUAUUGUUAGCGUUGGUUCCGACUUAUUCAAAUACCGUUUAUCAACUUCGAACAUAUUUUCACUUUUGAGAAUUUAAGAAUUAAAUAAGCAAAUAUUUGCAUUGCUCCUAACACAGCUGCUUUGCCGUUGUACGUUAUUGGUUUGAAUAAAUAAUAAUAUUAACCAAAUUCAAUAUUAUAAAUUUAUAAAUGUUCCAGUAAUAUACUAGUAUUAUACUUUCAUUUUUGUAAGUUUGUGUUAAUAAAUCAAUAAAUCAAUUUCUCUUUAACCGUGGAAAAUAUAUUGAAAUGACGUCUGUUUUUAAAUCAACUAUGAAACCAAUUUUAAUUUUAUGUAAAGUUUUCGGUUUGAUUAGAAUUUCAUACACAUUUGAAUCUACUGGAUUAUUAGUCCACAGUAGUAAUAACACAACACAUUAUGCAUUGCUUGAAAUAACCAGAAUGUGCGUCUUGAUAUUGUUUACUUACAUCGUUUAUAUUAGAGGAUUUUAUUACAUAGUGUAUUUCCGUUUAGUUAAAUUUUGGAUUGUCAUUAUUACAUCAAGAUUAUCAGAAAUAUGGAUAAUUAAGUUGAUCAAUGAAAUCAUAGAGUUUGAUCAAAAACUUACACUUCUUUCACCAGCAUUUAUGGUUCGUCAUCGUUCACUAAGUAAAAAAAGAUGGAUCAUUAUUGCGACUUCGUUAUUUUUAUAUCUUAUUGGAUACGAAGUGUGUGCUUUAUACUUAUGGCAGCUGAAAACUGUAAAUAUUAGUACUGUACCAGUGUUAUUUUUUAGUAUGCCAUAUAUAACAGACUUUGUGGUUAUUAUCACAAUUUGUUUUUAUCUCAAUAACUUAAGCUAUAGAUUUCAAACAUUAAAUGAUUUCUGGAAAUGUCUUCCUACUGGAUUAGUCCCCACUCACAAUGAAUGGACAAAUUCUGAAAUAGUUAUGUUGGUAGAGAGCAUUAGGUUAUUGCAUGCUAAACUAUCUGAAAUAUUAAAAAUAUUCAAUUUAAGUUAUGGUUUAUUGCUGUUAGGUUUCUUUGUAUGCAGCUUUGUAGAUUUUAUGUACAUAUUUUAUUUGAUGAUAUAUCAUGAGCUAACUACACCAAAAAUUAGUUUUACCCAAAAUAUUGUAAAAUAUUUGCCACUACAUGUAUUUAACAUACAAUUAAUAGUUUUUUUGGUAUCCAUCAUCGUUGCUGUUUCAUGGAUAAAAGAAGAGAGAAACAAAAUAAUAUCAUAUUUACGUUCAAACCGGAUUUCAAAUUUACCAGUGGACACAAAAAUACAAGUUAAAAUGUUUAUGAAUCAAAUAAAUGUUUCGGAAUUUGAUGAAAUAUCAGCAUUCGGAUUUUUCAAUAUCAAUUUAAAUUUAGUCGUAUCAAUACUUGUAUUACUAAUGACCGGAUUAGCAUCAUUGAUACAAAUGAGAAACCAUCCAAUUAUUACUGCUAUGAUCAACAAUACUCAAUCAUUUUACACAAUUUGGAAAAAUGAAAAUUCAAACGCCAGUCGUUCAAGAAACAUUACGCUCUAAUCAAAUAAAUUUUAGAAGUAUACAAUUCGCUUUUUGUCGCGGACUAAAAUAUGCCUAAUAAUUAAUAGUAUUAUCACUUUAAAAAACGACAUCACAAUCAAUAUUUAAAACUCAAUAGUAAUUUUAAUAAAAUACUUUUAAAGUUUAAACUCAUUAUUAUUAUUUGUGGAUGUAGAAUUAAAUUAAUAGAUCAAUUUUAUAAUACCAAUGAUCAUAACGUUGAGUGUACACUGUACAUCGAGAUUCCAUGAACUUUUUAUGUAUUGAAUUCGGCGGCUCAUGUAGAUAAUAUUAUAAACUUUCACUAAAUAUAUUGGAUAACGAGAGGGUCAGUUCCUCUAGAGUAAUGGGUAUAUUAAAUUUGAAUUAAAUGAUAUUCUGAACGGAGACGGUAAACA